AUGAUAUCUAUCAUUCACGCCUUAUCUAUCUUCAUUCAUCUAUCUUUGAUAUCCAUCUCACGCCUUAUCCAUCUAUCUAAUCUAUCUAUCUACAAUAUUCAUCCAGUUAUCUAUUCAUCUAUCUAUCUAUCUGUCUUUGAUAUUCAUCCUCACGCUCAUUAUCUAUCUAGAGUCAUUCAUUCAUCUAUCUAUCUAUCUAUCUAUCUAUCUAUCUAUCUAUCUAUCUAUCUGUUUCUGUCUCAGUUGAUAUCUAUCACUCACGCCUUAUCUAUCUAUCUAUCUAUCUAUCUAUCUAUUCAUCUAUCUAUUCAUCUAUCUGUUUCUGUUGAUAUAUAUCUCUCACGCCUCAUUCAUCUAUCAUCUAUAUCCAUCUAUCUAUCUAUCUAUCUGUUUCUGGUCACAUAUAAUUAUAUAUCUAAGUCUCAUCUAUCUCUCAGGCCUUAUCUAUCUAUCUCAUUGACAUCUAUCUCUCACGCCUUAUCUAUCUAUCUAUCUAUCUAUUCAUCUAUCUAUCUAUCUAUCUAUUCAUCUAUCUAUCUAUUUCUGGUCACAUAUAAUUAUAUAUCUAAGUCCUCAGUUGAUAUCUAUCUCUCACGCCUUAUCUAUCUAUCUAUCUAUCUAUCUAUCUAUCUAUCUAUCUAUUCAUCUAUCUAUCAAUCUUUGAUAUCUAUCCUUCCUUUAUCUAUCUAUCUAUCUACCAUUCAUCUAUCUAUCUUUGAUAUCUAUCUCUCACGCCUAUUAUCUAUCUAUCUAUCUAUCUAUCUGUUUCUGGUCACAUAUAAUUAUAUAUCUAAGUCUCAGUUGAUAUCUAUCUCUCACGCCUUUAUUAUCUAUCACCCAUCUAACUAUCCGUUUCUAUCAUAUAAUUAUAUAUCUAAGUCUCAUGAUAUCCAUCAGGUCUUAUCUAUCUGGUCACCAUAUAAUUAUAUAUCUAUCUAUCUAUCUAUCUAUCUAUCUGUUACUGGUCACAUAAUCCAUUCUAGGUCUCAUGAUAUCUAUCUCUCACGCCUUAUCUAUCUAUUAUCUAUCUAUCAUCAUAUCUAUCAUAUCUAUCUAUCUAUCUAUUUCUGGUCACAGAAUUAUAUAUCUAAGUCUCAGUUGAUAUCUAUCUCACGCCUCAUCUAUCUAUCUACCCAUUCAUCUAUCUGUUUCUGGACACAGAAUUAUAUAUCUAAAUCCUCAUUGAUAUCUAUCUCUCACGCCUUAUCUAUAUCUAUCUAUCCAUUCAUCCAUCUAUCUAUCUAUCUAUCUAUUAUCUGUUUCUGGUCACAUAAUUACACAUCUAGGUCUCAGUUGAUAUCUAUCUCUCACGCCUUAUCUAUCUAUCUAUCCAUUCAUCUAUCUAUCUAUUCAUCUAUCUGUGUUCUGUUGAUAUCUAUCUCUCAUUAUCUAUCUAUCUAUCCUAUCCGUUUCUGGAUAACAUAUAAUUAUAUAUCUAAGUCUCAGUUGAUAUCUAUCUCUCAUUUAUUCAUAUCAUCUAUCUAUUCAUCUAUCUAUAUCUAUCUGUUCCUGCAUAAUUCAUCUAGGAAUCCAGUUGAUAUUCAUCGGGCAGCCUUAUUAUCUAUUCAUCCAUUCAUCUAUCUAUCUAUCUAUCUUAUCUAUCUAUCUAUCUAUCUAUCUGUUUCUGGCCUUAUCUAUCUAUCUACCUAUCUAUCUAUCUUUGACAUCUAUCUCUCACGCCUUAUCUAUCUAUCUAUCUAUCUAUCUAUCUAUCUAUCUAUCUAUCUAUCUAUCUAUCUAUUUCUGGUCACAUAUAAUUAUAUAUCUAAGUCUCAGUUGAUAUCUAUCUCUACGUUCAUUAUCCAUCCAUCUAUCAUCAUCUAUCUAUCUAUCUGUCUGUUUCUGGUCACAUAUAAUUAUAUAUCUAAGUCACAGUUGAUAUCUAUCCCUCACGCCUUUUAUCUUUCAUCUAUCCAUCUAUCUAUCUAUCUAUCUGUUUCUGGUCACAUCAUAUCUAAGUCUCAGUUGAUAUCUAUCUCUCAGGCCUUAUCUAUCUAUCUACCCAUUCAUUAUCUGUUUCUGUCUCAUCUAUCUAUCUAUCUAUCUCAGGCAUCUAUCUAUCUAUCUAUCCAUCCAUCUAUCAAUCUAACUAUCCGUAUAUCUAAGUCACAGUUGAUAUCUAUCCUCACGCUUUAUCUUUCUAUCUAUCUCCCUCCAUCUAUCUAUCUAUCUGUUUCUGUUGAUCUAUCUCACGCCUUUAUCUAUCUAUCUACCUAUCUAACUAUCCGUUUCUGGCCUUAUUCUAUCUAUCUACCUAUCUAUCUAUCUAUCUAUCUAUCUAUCUAUCUAUCUUUGAUAUCUAUCUUAUCUAUCUAUCUAUCUAUCUAUCUAUCUAUCUAUCUAUCUGUUUCUGGUCAUAAUUAUAAUUAUAUAUCUAAGUCUCAGUUGAUAUCUAUCUGUUCUCACACGCCUUUAUCUAUCUAUCUAUUUGUUCUAUCUGUUUCUGUCUCAUUGAUAUCUAUCAUCACGUCUUAUCUAUCUAUCUAUCUAUCUAUCUCCAUCGUUUCUAUCUAUCUAUCUAUAAUUAUAUCUAAUCUAUCUAGUGUUGAUAUCUAUCUCCUACUGCCUAUAUCUAUAUCCGUUUAUCAUCUGUUCUAUCUAUCUAUCUCUCAUAUCAUCUAUCCAUUAUCUAUCUAUCUAUCUUUGAUAUCUAUCCCCUCACGCCUUUAUCUAUUCAUCUAUUCAUUCAUCUAUUCAUCUAUCUAUCUAUCAUUCAUCUAUCUAUCUAUCUAUCUAUCUGUUUCUGGUCACAGAAUUACAUAUCUAAGUCUCAGUGGAUAUCUAUCUCUCACGCCUUUAUCUAUCUAUCUACCAUCUAUCUAUCUGUUUCUGUCUCAGUUGAUAUCCAUCACUCACGCCUUAUCCAUCCAUCUAUCUAUCUAUCUAUCCAUCUAUCUAUCUAUCUAUCUAUCUAUCUUUGAUAUCUAUCUCUCACGCCUUAUCUAUCUAUCUAUCUAUCUAUCUAUCUGUUUCUGGUCACAUAAUUACAUAUCUAGGUCUCAGUUGAUAUAUAUCUCACGCCUUAUCUAUCUAUCUAUCUAUCUAUCUAUCUAUCUAUCUAUCUAUCUGUUUCUGGUCACAUAUAAUUAUAUAUCUAAGUCUCAGUUGAUAUCUAUCUCUCAGGCCUUAUCUAUCUAUCUACCUAUCUAUCUAUCUUUGAUAUCUAUCUCUCACGCCUUAUCUAUCUAUCUCCCUAUCUAUCUAUCUUUGACAUCUAUCUCUCACGCUUAUUAUCUAUCUAUCAUCUAUCUAUCUAUCUAUUCAUCAUUCUAUCUAUCUAUCUAUCUAUCUUUGAUAUCUAUCUCUCACGCCUUAUCUAUCUAUCUACCUAUCUAUCUAUCUAUCUGUUUCUGGUCACAUAAUUAUAUAUCUAAGUCUCAGUUGAUAUCUAUCUCUCACGCCUUAUCUAUCUAUCUAUUUUUGAUAUCUAUCUCUCACGCAUUAUCUAUCUAUCUAUCUAUCUAUUUGUUUCUGGUCACAUAUAAUUAUAUAUCUAAGUCUCAGUUGAUAUCUAUCUCUCACGCCUUAUCUAUCUAUCUAUCUAUCUAUUUGUUUCUGUCUCAGUUGAUAUCUAUCUCUCACGCCUUAUCUAUCUAUCUAUCUAUCUAUCUAUUUUUGAUAUCUAUCUCUCACGCCUUAUCUAUCUAUCUAUCUAUCUAUCUAUUUGUUUCUGUUGAUAUCUAUCUCUCAUUUAUCUAUCUAUCUAUCUAUCUAUUUGUUUUGGUCACAUAUAAUUAUAUAUCUAAGUCUCAGUUGAUAUCUAUCUCUCACGCCUUAUCUAUCUAUCUAUCUAUCUAUUUGUUUCUGGUCUCAGUUGAUAUCUAUCUCUCACGCUUAUCUAUUCAUCUAUAUCUAUCUAUCUAUAUAUUCAUUCAUCAAUCUAUCUAUCUAUCUGUUUCUGGCCUUAUCUAUCUAUCUACCUAUCUAUCUAUCUUUGACAUCUAUCUCUCACGCCUUAUCUAUCUAUCUAUCUAUCUAUCUAUCUAUCUAUCUAUCUAUCUAUCUGUUUCUGCCUUAUCUAUCUAUCUAUCUAUCUAUCUAUCUGUCUUUGAUAUCUAUCCCUCACGCCUUUAUCUAUCUAUCUAUCUAUCUAUCUAUCUAUCUAUCUAUCUAUCUAUCUAUCUAUCUAUCUGUUUCUGGUCACAUAAUUACAUAUCUAAGUCUCAGUUGAUAUCUAUCUCUCACGCCUUAUCUAUCUAUCUAUCUAUCUAUCUAUCUAUCUUUGAUAUCUAUCUCACGCCAUUAUCUAUCUAUCUAUCUGUUUCGACUCACGCUUAUCUAUCUAUCUAUCUAUCUAUCUAUCUAUCUAUCUUUGAUAUCUAUCUCUCACGCCUUAUCUAUCUAUCUACCUAUCUAUCUAUCUGUUUCUGGUCACAGAAUUAUAUAUCUAAGUCUCAGUUGAUAUCUAUCUCACGUCUUAUCUAUCUAUUCAUUCAUCUAUCUAUCUAUCUCAUCUAUCUAUCUAUCUAUCUAUCUAUCUGUUUCUGGUCCUUAUCUAUCUAUCUAUCUAUCUAUCUGUUUCUGGUCACAUAUAAUUUUAUAUCUAAGUCUCAGUUGAUAUCUAUCUCUCAAGCCUUUAUCAAGCUAUUACCAACAUUAUUCAUAACGGGUGCAAUCUAUCUAUCUAUCUAUCUAUCUAUCUAUCUAUCUAUCUAUCUAUCUAUCUAUUCCUGGAUGAGAAGCUUUUGUUGUCGAAACCAAUUAUGCAAAUCGGCAACGCUGGAAUGGUUUUCUCGGAACGUCUUUCGAAGAAAUCCAACAUCCAAAUGGCGCCAAGAAUAUACGGCUCUUACAUAA